AUGAAAGCCGAUGCAGCAUUACUUCAGAGCAUAUGCAAGGAGUCCCAGGACCCCGACUUCUGCAAUAGGACUCUAGCCACAGACCCACGUGUUGCAGCAGCCAACUUGGAUGCUUUAGCCCUGAUAUCUAUUUCUUUGCCCACUAUUCAAGUGCAAGGUACUUUGGACAACAUUCCUGGCAUUCUUCGUCAAACCAGUGACUCACUUGGUAAGCAACGACUUGGAGUUUGUCAGACUGAUUACAACGAUGCCCUGGGCCAGUUUCGAGGUGCUUACAAUUCAUCAAAUGCCAAGGCGUACAUGGAUGUGAUCAACUGGGUUAGAGAUGGAACCAAUAGGGUUAUAGAUUGUGAAAAUAUUUAUAAAAGAGAUCCUAUUAGGGUGUCACCUAUAACAACUGAUAACCACAAUGUUAUUAAACUUGAGCAAACCCAACUAUCAGUCGAUCAAAAUCUCACAAAUACUAUGAUUCCACCAAAGGCAAGGUACGCUUCUAAAACCUCACUUCUGCCUUUAAACUCUGCUGCCCUUAUCCAUCCCUUUUCCUCUUCCUCCUCCUUCCUCUCCUCCUCCCAAAUCGAUGCCAUUGAAGCCAUUUAUCCUAUCGUUGUUCGAGGAUUGGUUCCUGUGUUUGAUACUGAUGGCUUCAAUGCUUUGUUGCGGGCAUUAUGUGAAGCAAAGACUUUGGUUGAUGCCAAAAUAGUUUACCAUAGAUUGCUGAAAGAUUUUGUGCCAAAUCUGCUAACGUUUAACAUACUCAUUUCGGGUAGUAAAUCAGUGGACCAAAUGGAGCUGUUCUUUGAGGAAAUGAGAGAAUUUGGUGUCAGCCUUACUGUUGUUUCAUAUGACUCUUUGGUUGACAAGUAUUGUAGACGCAACGAGAUUGAAAAAGCGUUCGAAGUAGUUAAGAAAAUAAGAGAAGAGGGUGUCUUGCCAGACGCAGUCACUGAGUCACGUAUACUACCAUCAUUGGAGGGGCGGGGCAUUCGGAUAUUAUCCGAAUGUGGUGGCAUAAAUGCUGCUAUUAAGGGUUAUUGUACAGCAAACAGGGUUGAUGAUGAUGCUUACAAGUUAAUGGGGAGAUGGUUGUUUAAGAAGCACAUAACGGUAGAGAUGGCGUUGUCUCUGCGGAAGGACAUGAUGGAGAAGGCUUUUGGUUCUUGCACUUCACCAUCUGAUGAAUUGUUUUGA